AUGGAGCCACUUGGGAGUAUUCUUUCUUCAAGAACCGAUCGGAAGCGGCGGGAACAGAAACCCCGAGUUUUGCUGUCGUGUACGUGGUGCAGAGAAAAGAAGGUCAAAUGCAAUCGCGGACGCCCCUGUGCCAACUGCCUCAGACGCGGCCAGGACACAGCUUGUCAAUACAUCACCGAACGUUCACGGCGUCCAGUAUCGGGAGAACAAGAACCCCACGAGGUAUAUCGUCGUUUGCGGUAUCUCGAGCAAAAGUUACUUCGUUUAGAGAAGGCAGCCAUACAGGAUCAUUCUUCUACACCAGAACAUGUUGCCUUGGAUGGCAGUGCAAAAACACCUGAUGCAGAUGCUGCCAAUGACAGAUCCCAGGCAGAAGCCGAGUCAGCCGCCUCCCCAAGGCCAGGUUCUGUAUCCGGAUGCCUGCUGUCCGAAACGAGCGGCACUAGAUUCAUCAGUCCCAGCCACUGGCAGGCUAUGAUGAACAAUGCAGAGCUUAAUAUAGAGGAUCGCAGCGUCAAUUAUGGCCAAGGAGCUGAGGAGACCGAAUCAAGCCCUGACGGUCCCGUCUUACUACUGGGCAUUUCGCACCAAAUGGACGAGGCAGAGCUUCUCGCAGCACUACCACCUCGGAACAUUGCGGAUAUGCUUGUCCGCCGCUGCCUAGUAAUUAUUCAUGUUCCGACCUUCAAGAGCGAGUACCUCGAAUUCUGGAAAGACCCUUCAGGAGUGUCCCUUGCGUGGCUCGCACUUUUGUAUUCAAUACUGUCAUGUGCGAUUUACAUCGAACAUACUACAAAUCCUGAAGACACUAAUCCACAAUUACCGGGCACGUUCCAUGUAUACCGAACGAAUUGCGCAAUUGCCCUGGCAAAAGCCAACUUCGCCACCCCUGGACGAUACAAGGUCGAUGCUGCCAUCAUGUACUUGGGCGUCGAGUAUCUCCAAAGCAACAACCUCAAGACUGGGAUCUCCAUGCUGCUGGGUGUCGUUUCAAGGCUAGCAAUCAUGAUGGGAUAUCAUCGGGAGCCUCGACUAUAUCAUCCCCAAAUAUCUUGCUUCGAAGCGGAGAUGCGUCGGAGGGCAUGGCUUCUGCUGGUCUCCAUCGACUCGAAAGUCGCGUGGCAGACGGGCCUUCCUCGAGUCAUCCCCCGAAAGCUGGGAGAUGUCACUCUCCCCAGAAAUCUCCUAGAUAGCGACUUCGGGCUUGACACAACGGUUCUUCCGCCUUCACGUUCCGUCGGUCAGCAUGUCAGCAACAUCGCGUAUAUAUCUGCCCUGGAGCAGAUGUUAUUCGUUGUGGGUGAGGUCACAGACACGGUCUCAGGAGGUGCCAUGGUCUCUGAUACGGCGCAAGGACUUAGUCUGCGGUUAGAAAAGAUCAAGAGCUCGCUGCCCAGCAUUUUUCAGCUGCAACCUCGAGAGGCGCAGAGGCUGGAUGAUGGAAAAAUGAUCGAACGAUAUUGCUUGGAAAUAACUUACCAACGCGCACGUUGCAUCUUAUAUCGCAGAUAUCUGACGACUGCUCGCUCAGACCCGCACAGAAAGUUCAGAUCGAUCUGUGUGGACGCAGCGCGGCAAAUCCUCGCGCUUCAAUCAGAGCUUUUUCAGGGCAUGCUGGCCAAGUCUCACAGUCGUCAUCGGGCAUGGUUUGGGUUAUCUCGCUCAAUAUCCGAUUGCCUCACGGCUACUAUGGUCAUAUGCCUGGAGGUGAUUAACCAGUCGAGGGAUGGUAGUUCUUCGAACGACCAUGUCCGGACUGAGCUUAUCGAGUUAUUGAAGUCUUCCCACAUGUCCUGGAAACUUUCACCACGACCCUCUUUAGAGACAAUAAAGGCUGCUGAGAUAACAAGUACGGUGUUAGAUCUUUUAGGGGCGAAUAGGGUGGACGUCCUGCCUCCUCUAUCUGGUAAAGAAGAAGGCCAAGGAAGUCCUACGGAACUUACAGAAAACCUCACGUCUCCCAAUAUUAUCCAGGACAUGUUGGUCGGUGAUUCCGCCCUGGAGAUGUUUGAUUGGGCUCUCUGGGAUCGUGAGAUGCAACAGUUACAACAGGCCGAUAGAGUCAUCUUGCAAUCCACCCAAUUACACAGGUCUCAUGUCACGGGAUGA